UUCCCCCUGAAACCUGAAUAACGGCGAAGGAAGAGGAUAUUUCUCACUUGGUGCAUCUGAUCUUUUAUAUUAUUAUUAUAAUAUAUAUCUAUUAAAGGAUAAGAGAAGAGGAGAGAAAGCCGAACACAUCGACUGGGCUUGUUGCAGCGGAUUUGUCGAAGAUGAUCCACAGUUUGUUCCUGGUGAACUCCACGGGAGAUAUCUUCCUGGAGAAGCACUGGAAGAGUGUGGUGAGCCGUUCGGUGUGCGAUUACUUUUUUGAAGCGCAGGAGCGCGCCAGCGAGCCGGAGAACGUCCCCCCGGUGAUCCCGACUCCGCACCACUACCUCAUCAACGUGCUCCGACAUCGCAUCUACUUUGUGGCUGUGAUCCAGAGCGAGGUUCCUCCUCUGUUCGUCAUCGAGUUCCUGCAUCGCGUCGUCGACACGUUUCAGGACUACUUUGGCGUGUGCACUGAGGCGGCCAUUAAGGACAACGUGGUGGUGGUGUACGAGCUGCUGGAGGAGAUGCUGGAUAACGGGUUCCCCCUGGCCACCGAGUCCAACAUCCUGAAAGAGCUGAUUAAACCACCGACCAUCCUGCGCACCGUCGUCAACACCAUCACGGGAAGCACUAAUGUUGGAGAGCAGCUCCCUACAGGUCAGCUCUCGGUGGUGCCAUGGAGACGCACCGGAGUCAAAUACACCAACAACGAGGCUUACUUCGACGUGGUGGAAGAAAUCGACGCCAUCAUUGACAAGUCAGGUUCCACGAUCACAGCAGAGAUUCAGGGUGUGAUAGAUGCGUGUGUGAAGCUGACCGGAAUGCCGGAUCUCACGCUGUCAUUUAUGAAUCCCCGGCUGUUGGAUGACGUGAGUUUCCACCCGUGUGUCCGCUUUAAACGUUGGGAGGCUGAGCGAAUUCUGUCCUUCAUCCCUCCGGAUGGAAACUUCCGGCUGCUCUCCUACCACGUCAGCUCUCAGAACCUGGUGGCCAUCCCGGUGUACGUCAAGCACAACAUCUCGUUCCGUGAGGGCAGCUCUCAGGGCCGCUUUGACCUGACGCUCGGCCCCAAACAGACUAUGGGGAAGGCCGUGGAGUCGGUGCUGGUGAGCAGUCAGCUCCCACGCAGUGUCCUCAACGCCAGCCUCAACCCUUCACAGGGCACCUACACCUUCGACCCCGUCACCAAGCUGUUGACGUGGGACGUUGGGAAGAUCAACCCACAGAAGCUGCCCAGUCUGAAGGGCACCAUGUGUCUGCAGGCCGGAGCCUCCAAACCAGACGAGAAUCCAACCAUCAACAUCCAGUUCAAGAUCCAGCAGAUGGCCAUCUCAGGCCUGAAGGUAAAUCGGUUGGACAUGUACGGCGAGAAAUACAAACCGUUUAAAGGCAUCAAGUACAUGACCAAGGCUGGCAAAUUCCAGGUGCGGACCUAGAGGCGGACCUCCUCUCCAGCUUCCAGCCGUCUCCAGAGACAGCGAGCGCACAGCGAGACGCGACGGAGGGGGGAGGGGUUCAGUGGGGGCUUGGAAACGGAGGAUGAUUAUGAGGAUGGGGAUGAUUUAAUUCGGAACAUAUUUUUCAGGAUUUAAAGGAAUCCUUUCUUUGGUGGAAAAUGCUGUUUGAGUGCUUUUGGUUAAACGUCUUUCCUAUACAUAAUAGCAACGUUAGCGUUCCUCAGGUAAAAGUAUUCCUUUAAAUAGAACCACUGUCCUCUGUGUGUCUCUCGUGUGGACGAUGGAGGAUGAUGAAGCAUGCAGGCUGUGUGUGUAUAGAGUCUGAAGAACGCACUGAUCUUCCUAGCGUGUUCGGGGUUAGCACUCUUAGCUUUAAUCACAACAAAUUUACUCCGUUGUACGAAUGAUGCAUUGUGUUGUCUUGCGAUGUCCUGCUCCUCUUUUAUUGUGUCUUAGACUGUUUUUGUUGUUGACUCAAACAGUUUGUCAUGGAAUUGUAUAUUUUAUUUACGGAAAGCUUUAAUAAUUAUUGACAUUAAAGAUGGCAGUGAUGCAUUGGAUUCCAGGUAAAACAAGGAAAUCUACAAUAUGGGAAAAACAAUCACUUCAGAUGUUUACAGUGAGUAGAUUGAUAUCUCGUGUACGUCGCAGUAACCCUGCCCUCUUAUUGAUCACGCACUUAGCUCUCCAUUUGCUGAGACUCGACCAUUACCAAGCCGACAUCGGUGCUGUAUCCUGAACCGCAUUAUCCUCCAGUAUACCGUACAGUUAUACACUUCACAAGCACAUCUGGACAGAUUCGUUACACACACACACACACACACACACUAGGGUGCAUCAGUUGCCCCUAAAAAUGAAAAGUUCCUCCGAUCAUGAUGCAUUUUUGUUUUUAUGUUCCGUUUGGUAAGAAAACACACUGGGUGAAAUAUUUUGACAAAAUUCAAAAGUUUAAUGGCGGCACCAGGAGCUCAAAGUUAUGGAAAAAGCUGCUAUUUUAUGACAAAAUUUCGAUCACUUUUCAUGAAACAUUAUGGCACGUUAUAGAGUAUACCAAAUAUCUUCGAUACACAUGUUUAGUACAUAUUCUAAAUAUAUUAUCAAGCACAGUUUGAGUUUUAGCUGUUCAUUGAAUCAUUGUUCAACUACUUUUAAACAAUACAAAUGUAUUAUGAAUCACAUUAAUGCUUCUCAAUCCCUUGCAAAGGUUCUUAACAUGAUCUCUGGCUCACAAGAAAUCAAUAAAUGGAGUCCAACAUUGUGAUUCAAACCUUACGCGAAAACAUAAAAUAAGCGUUUUUUGGCAAAAAAAAAAAUGAACCUCAUGGUGCCACCGUUAGACUUUUGAAUAUGGUCAAAACAUUUUACAGGACGUCGUUAUUGGUGAAAAGGAACACCCAGACAAAAAUGCAUCAGAUUUUAUGAAAGUGAGGGCAACUGAUGCACCCUAACACGCACUUAGAUCCAGAACGUAUCUCUGAGGGAAACACUCUCUAACCACUGUUUCGCUGAUUAGCGAACGUCUAAGUGCAUUGAGGCAACAAGGACCAAUUAAACACACUCUGAUUGUUGUUGGA